UCUUUGUGGGACAAUUUAACCCAUGAAAGGCUGCUUCCUGAAUAGUUUAGAAUUGUUAGGGAACUUGGGAGUUUUCCUGGAAAUUGGUGAAUAAAAAAAUAUCAAAGAGACGGAAGGACAUCAAGGAUACAAAGAAAAACAAAAAUCAAGAAUCUGCUUAAAAUUACGAGAGAAAAAAACGAAGAAAACAGAAAAUGUUUUUCGAGGAGAAGAACUUUGAUGGAGAUUGUAAAACUCCUCGGGAUUUCAUCUACUCAGGCGUCCAUGUGAAUACCAUCAAAGAUAUCCAAUUUGAUGUGGCAAAAGGCAAUGAAAGUGGGCUCGUUGCUGAGGAAUUGAGGGAAUUCCAGGAGCUGCUUGAUAUGAUGCCGCUCAUUCAGCAGGAUCACAAGAAUCUGGAGAAGUUAAUUGAUAAUCUGUGCACGAUUAAUCCCAAAUCCUUUGGCGGUUACCUGGCAAUGGUGCAGAUGUUCUCAGUAAUAACUAUCGUGAAGGAUCCAUCAAUUUCUUACUCGAUGAAAAUUGCUCAACUUCGUGGGCACAUUUGUGGAAUCCCCACAGAUGAUUGGAUUGAAGAUCCCAUAAUGAUUCAUAUUGCAGUGAAGAGGAUACUGAUUAGCUUGAGGAGUGUUGAUAGCAAGGAUCCCCUCAAUGUUUACCACAUUGUCCAGCAAAUGUGGUUCAUCAAUGAUUUCAACUACUACGUGGCUCUUUCUCUGAGUUGGGUAGCCUUCCACAGCGCCAUGGGAAGUGAGACCGUAAAUGAGAAGGAGAUCUAUCGUCCACAUGAUGUUGAUUAUUUGCUGAAGCAACUUCAGGGACUCCGACUGAACAACUUCAAAGAUGAUUUGUUUAACUUCUUCAUUCUCAUUAAAAGUGUCGCUCUAAUCCUCAAUAUGACACUCUCUCGAGCUCCCUGGAGGACCAUUCCAUUCUGCUAUUCCAAUGUUUUGGGUAAAGUGAAAGUGGACAGGCUGGAAAUGCUCAUGAAGUGGACCAAAGAAGCCCAACACGUUCUUCGGAUUAAUAUGUGCGAGAACUCGGAGCAAAUGAAGAUUCGCGAAGUGCUGGAUUUUGAGAUUUGCACAAUACUCAAUAAGAAGCUCGAUGAGGCCUCCAAAGAGUAAGGACUUCCGGUAACUGAAGAAUAUUUGUGUAAGUCGACGAUUAAUUAUUUUUUUGAAUUCUGAAGAUUCUGAAGUUCACAAAAAGAAAAUCCGUUGAAGGAUUAACAGAAAUAAAGAAAAAAAAAACGAAUUUAACUUUUUCUAUAUAUUGGAUUGUUGUACUUGCUAUUUAAUUUCAAUAAUACAAUCAUAAAAUUAUGUUAAUAAGUGAUAUUUAAUAUAUAUGGUAUAUAAUUAA